UCUGUUGAAUGAACAGAUCAGAUACAGACAGAGGAAAUGAUGGAAAGAUAAGAGAGUAAUGAAAGAGGAAGAGAAAACAUAAUCAGUGGAGGUGUUGACAGAAAUGAAAGCAGAGAAUCACAGAGUGAAAGUGUAGAGUUAUGACCACGCUGUAAAGAGAAUCACAUUACUCGUGUGGAAAUACAUGGAGGAAUGACGCCCGUAUGGAUCCGUUUGUCUCAGAAAACACAGAUACUUCUCUUGAUCUUCUGUCUCUGUCAUUACACUCAGGCGAUCACCAUUCAAGUCCAAAGGAAAACUGUCACGGCACCAGUUCAGGGCAGAGUGCAUUUCUCCGUGAAUAUCACAUUCAUUGAUAUUCCAACAGUCACAUGGAAUUUCAGAUCUGUAAGCGAGCAACAGAGCAUCGCCGUUUGGAUGCUCGGUGACUCUGCAAAUGUCGCACAAGUCUACGAGGGAAGAGUGCAAACUCAUCCCAACGGUUCUCUCACGAUAUCGGACUUACGGCUUCAAGACUCUGGCUAUUAUAUCAUUACUGUUACAGAACCAUCUGGGAACUGCAAAGAUGCAGGUCUGGUACUGAAUGUAAAAGAGGUGCAGUAUGAGGAUAUACAGUAUUUGGUUGUAUCUGUCAUUGUGUUGGGGAUUCUGGCUGCAUUUCUCAUGCUGUGUAUGUGGCUCUCGAAUAAACUGUCCCGCCACAUCAAGGCCUGGAGAGAAAAGAGACAUAUGCCUGAGUAUGAUGACACUGAACUACAACGGCUGUGAAGAGCACAAACAUGCACACAGCAUCUAAUACAGGAAGCAAUUGUUUUCUGAAUUAAAGGUGAAUGUCUGAGAUGAACAGACUUGUGUUCAGAGGACAAGUGAUGAAUUUCUUACUUUCGGUGAAGAACUUCACAUCACAAAGUCAGUCUUGCAUCUCUUUCAUAAUAUUCCAGAUGAUAUGAAUGCACAUGGACACUUGAGGACAAGAAUAAAACCCAUUGUGUAUCCAUGUGUUGAGGGCUGGAUGUGAGGCACAUGAAGGCCCCGGGCCCCAGACUCUUAGAAACUCUUGAACUUCCAAUGUUCCCUGAUCACAUAUGAAUCAAACCGAUAAGAAAACAAAGCACAAUGAAGGAGCAAACUCAAUACGGAUCUCACUUAAUACCAUUUUAUUAUUUUAUAGUAUAGACAUUUAUCAUAAAUGUAAUUACAUUACAGAAUUUGCUUAUAAAAUAGAAUACAGUCAUAAAAUCCCGGCUCUUUGGCGAUAAGAAUUAAAUAAGAGCAAUAACCAUGUUCGGUUGUAAAUCAGCUAUUUUUUCACGAGUGCUUUCAGGCUUUCAAAUGCGUCUAUUCAUGCAAACCAUUAGCAAAUCAGGGCUUCCAUUUUAUAGACAUUUUUCGUGAAUGAAAACAAGGGAGCUCCAUUGACAACAGCAAGCACUGAAAACUUUCUGAACAUUGAUUUAAAUAUUAAGAAAGUAAAUCUGUUCAUUUAUUUUUGUAAUAGCCCAAUCUGGGUUAUUUUCUAUUCAUCUGCUAUAUCACAUAAAGCAAUCAAGAACACAGUACAGUUGCAAAGUUCAUUUAUUUGAAUAUGUUAUUUAUGGCACACUUCUUUAUGACUGACACAUAACAGCUUCUAGUUACAGGACAGUUCAGUUGUGUGUAUGAAAAUGAUGUGGCAUGUUUAACUACAACAAUGUCAUAUUGAUUCCUGUAAAUACUGAAGUGUCUGUUUUGGGGGAGUUCUUGGAUGUCCAGGGAUAGUAUGGGUGUUAAGUUGCUUUUAUGGCUUUAUAAAAUGUAGUGUGCUGUACUUUGACACUGCCACAGUGUCUAUAAGAAACCAGUGUUUGAGUUGUGUACAUAUGUGCUAUGCAUGAUGUGAAAAUGUUUGGUAAUUUAUCAUUUUCUCAAGAUUACUGUAAAGAGUUAACACAACUAUUAACAUUUUGUUAUUCAUAUAUAUUGUCCAUAUUGCUGGGUUUAAAUCUGUUGGUUUGUCAGGUAAUAAUCCUUUUAAGAAAUUUACCCAAUUAUAAUUUUACUGAAAAACUUCUAAAGGACAAAAAAAAAUCAUAAUUUGAAUGUGGCGCAACGGGGUAAAAGCAAUAUCUAGCCAAAUAUUUUUAGCAGAACGUAACUAGACAAAUUUAAAUUCACUUUUAAAAAAUUCCCAUGACUUUUCCACUAAAUGUAAGAUUUUGCUCAUUUCCCAGACUUUACAUAAAUGUCUACAAACUUUUUAUUUUGUUGAUUGCAUGAUCCAUGAUGGCAAAACUCAUUAAAUUCUGAUUAAUUGG